AUGGAACGCCUGCUGCUCUACGCCCUGGCCCUCUGCCUGGGCCCCUCCCACGCCCAGCUGUGCCCCCCCCGCUGCACGUGCCAGAACCUGUCCCCCUCGCUGGCCGUCCUGUGCGCCCGCGCCGGGCUGCUCUUCGUGCCCGGGCUCCUCGACCGGCGCACGGCCGAGCUGCGGCUGACGGACAACUUCAUCGCAGCCGUGCGGCGCCGGGACUUCGCCAACAUGACGCGCCUGGUGCACCUGACCCUCUCCCGCAACGCCAUCCGCCAGCUGGUGCCCUUCGCCUUUGCUGACCUGCGCGGCCUGCGGGCCCUCCACCUGGACGGCAACCGCCUGCCGGCCAUCGGGGCCCAGCAGCUCCGGGGCCUGCCCAACCUGCGUCACCUCAUCCUGGGCAACAACCAGCUGCAGGCCGUGGCGCCCGGCGCCUUCGACGACUUCGCCGGCACCCUGGAGGACCUGGACCUGUCCUACAACAACCUGGCCCGGCUGCCCUGGGAGACCAUCCGUCGCCUUAGCAACGUCAACUCCCUCAGCCUGGACCACAACCUCAUCGCCCACGUGCCCCAAGGCGUCUUCGCCGACCUGCACAAGCUGGCCCGGCUGGACAUGACCUCCAACCGGCUGAAGAAGAUCCCCCCGGACCCGCUUUUCCUCCGCCUGCCCGUCUAUGCCAAGUCGAAGGGCUCGCCCCUCUCCUCCUUGGUGCUCAGCUUCGGGGGUAACCCCUUGCACUGCAACUGCGAGCUGCUGUGGCUCCGGCGCCUGGCGCGCGAGGACGACCUGGAGACCUGCGCCUCGCCGCCCGAGCUCCUGGGCAAGUACUUCUGGAGCGUCCCCGAGGAGGAGUUUGUCUGCCAGCUGCCCGUCAUCACCCACCACACGGGCCGGCUGGCGGUGACGGAGGGCCAGGCGGCCACCUUGCGCUGCCACGGGGCGGGCGACCCCGAGCCAGCGGUGCACUGGCUCUCUCCGGAGGGGAAGCUGGUGGCCAACGGCUCCCGGACGCUGGCCUACGAGAACGGCAGCCUGGAAAUCCUGGUGGCCGCCGUCCAGGACGCCGGCGCCUUCAACUGUGUGGCUUCCAACGCUGCUGGCGAGGCCACCGCCUCCGUGGAGCUGCAGGUCAACCCUUUGCCCCAGCUCGCCGACGGCACCCGCCCCCCAGCGCCCGGGCCCUCCGAUAUCCUCACCUCGGCCAAGGCGGGCGCCAACGGGAGCGCUGCCCCGCGAGACGGGGGGGUCCUGGCCUCCGAGCUCUCGGCGUCCUCCGCCCUCAUUCGCUGGGUCCCGCCGCGGCCCGGGCCUGGGGUCCGCAUGUACCAGAUACAGUACAACAGCUCCUCCGACGAGACCCUGGUGUACAGGAUGAUCCCCCCGCCCAGCAGGGCCUUCCUGGUGAAGGACCUGGCGGCGGGGCGGGCCUACGACCUGUGCGUGCUGGCCAUCUACGACGACGGGGCGACGGCGCUGACGGCCACCCGCCCCCUGGGCUGCGUCCGCUUCAGCACCCAGCCCGGCUCCCCGCAGUGCCGCUCCCUGCACGCCCACUUCCUGGGCGGCACCAUGAUCAUCAUCAUCGGCGGGAUCAUCGUCGCCUCCGUCCUGCUCUUCAUCAUCAUCCUCAUGAUCCGCUACAAGGCCCACGACGGGAACAAGAAGGCCCAGGUCAGCAACGUCUAUUCCCAGACCAACGGAGGGCAGCCCCCGGCCUCCUGGGCGCAGGACGGGGCCGACGACAGGGCCAGGGAACUCAACGGGGUGGCCCCGAGCAAGGACUGCGAGAAGGGGCUGGCCACCCGUGGCCAAGAGGCGGGCGCAGGGGAGACACCCUCUCCCAGGAGGAGGAAGUGGUCAAGGACUAGUCUAGAUCUCCAGAGCAAGUGCCCCGUGCCCAGCCGAGCCAAGGAACAAGGUAACGGGCAUGCCCGCCCGGAGGCGGCGGCACCCCCCACGGGUGAGAGGAGACGGGCCAGCGAAUGGACCGAUGUGAAGAUCUGA